AAGAAAUUCAUGAUGAACAUUCUUCUUCAAUUAGUAAUAAUUCAGUGAUUAGUAUUUUAAGAAGUAGAGCAUUCUUUGAAGAUGUUGGUUACUUGGCUAACACUUUAUUACCAAUCAAAUUAGCUAUUUUAGAAGUGGAGGGUAGAGAAGAAUCAAAUAUUCCAGAUUGUGAAUUAGAUGUACAAGUUGUGAUUGAAUUUAAUUCUUGUGUUUUUGAAAUGUUUAACAAAAACAAUAUAAUAGAAGAAUUAGAUGGUGGAUUUUUUGAUGAAGAGACUGGAGGUGAUGAUUAUGAUCCCAUAGAAGUAGCUCAUGAAUCAAUGGGUUUUGAAGAUUAUUACAAUGUAUAA